AUGCAAAACCUGAGCAGCAUUCAGGUCAACGUCACGUCUGACCGGAGCCUGACGGUGAUUGUGAAGGUGUGCGUGGUCAUCCCCAUCUUCAGCAUCUUCCUCUACUUCAUCAUCCUCAUGCUGCACACGUUUGCGUCGCACCGGCACUUCCUGGAGAGCCCGCGCUACAUCCUCUUCACCUACAUGCUGGUCAACGACACGCUGCAGCUGCUGACCUCUGUGCUCCUCUUCCUCUUCGUCAUGGCGCAGGUGAACUUUGCGCUGGUCUUCUGCGCCCCGCUGCUCUUCUUCUCCACGGCCACGUUCCUCAACACGCCGCUCAUCCUGGCCGUGAUGUCGCUGGAGCGCUACGUGGCCAUCUUCUACCCGAUGCGUCGCCCGACGGCCUGGCGCUCCGACCGCGUCUGGCUCGUCCUCCUGGCCAUCUGGCUGCUGAGCUGCGUGCAGCCCGUGGUGGACUUCGUCCUGAGCCGGCCGCGCAGCGCCGCCGAGGUCUUAACCGCGCCGGUGCAGUGCAAGACCUCCGUGCUGAACGUGUCGCCGGCGCAGAUGCUCUUCAAGGUGGCGCUGAACGCGCUCUUCUUCGCCGCCGUCGCCGUGGUCAUCGUCUUCACAUACGUGCGCAUCCUGCUGGGCACGCGCGACAUGCGCCAGGACCGGGCGUCGGUGUCCAAGGCCCUGCACACCGUCCUCCUCCACGGCCUGCAGCUGCUGCUCAGCGUCAGCGCCUUCGCCAUCCCGUUCGCCCAGCUGCUGAUCGCGCGGCACGAGGGCUGGCUGCGCGAGCACAUGUCCUUCCUCAGCUACGUGGGCUUCGUGGUCGUGCCGCGCGUGCUCAGCCCGCUCAUCUACGGCCUGCGCGACGAGAGCCUGCGCAGGCACAUGAGGCGCUCAGCGCUCUGCUGCUCCUCCGCCAGGUGUUGUUGUUGCGGCGUCGGCUCGGGCAAAGUCGGCCACGGGGGGUCAAAGGGCAAGAGCGUGGACAAGUGA